AUGCGAUCCUCUAUGCUCGGUCUCCGCGCGCUCAGCACAACCGUCCCGCGCCUCAACAGCACACCGCCGUCCACCGCCUCCACUGCACCCACUGCACCCACACCCGCCGUCGCCGCCGCACCGGAGGGCAGCAGCGUCCUAGCAACCUACGAAGGGCCUCUCGCACGCACCUUUACACGUCUCAAGCUCUUCUCCCUCGGCUCCCUGGGUCUGGCCUCGAUCCUCACGCCCAUCCUCCUCCUCGCGCCCGGUGAAAUUUCCCUCGCGGGUCGGGUUGGGUUGUCCAUCACAGCUCUCGCGACAUCGGGCGUAUCGACCGCGCUCAUUGCGUGGAUUGGUACGCCGUACGUUGGCUCCAUGCGUCUACUGAAGCGGGACGGGAAGGUGGGCAUGGAGCUCAACACGGUCUCGUGGAGAUUGCGGCCGCAGCGGACUUUGGUGUACGAACCCACGUUUUUGAGACCGACCAGUCGGCCUUUUGCCGCGUGGGAGAUCGCCAAUAGCGCACCGACCGUCACCCUCGGGCAGGGAGAAAGUGUGGAGAAGCUCGUAGCAGAGACAUUCGAUGUCAAGUCCGGGGCGAGUCUGGGCAAGUGGAUUGCGAAAUGGGAUGGUAGUGCUCGGUCGAAGGACGGCGAGGAAUGGAAGGCGGUGGGAAGGGUCGAGGUCAAGGGUAGGCCAACGAGAUACUUCAAUGUUCACGAGGAGCUGCUGGGGGACGAUUGGCAGGUGUUGGGAUGA